AUGAAAAUCUUGACGAUUUUUACUCUUGGGGGCCUCGUCGAAGCCACGGCCACAGCCUCAUACAUUCCCGGCGGUGCUCUCAUUGGGAAAUACUUCUCUCUUGAUAAACGUUCGGCACCGGUGGAAGACAGUGAUGGACUUUGCUACAACUACACCAUUGCGCAAUCGGAUACAUGUGCAAGCAUUGCCAGCGCGUAUGAUAUCACAACAACGGAGCUCGAGGAUUACAACACAAACGUUUGGGACUGGUAUGGCUGCGACUAUCUGUACCAGGGUGCCUUCAUCUGUCUAAGCUCUGGCUUGCCUCCUAUGCCAGUGGCUCUGCCUCAUGCUACUUGUGGCCCUCAGGUUCCCGGUACAACACGACCGGCCGACAUGUCAAAGUCAUAUCUUGCUUCCUUGAAUCCUUGUGACAAUGAAUGUUGUGCAUCCUGGGGUGAGUGUGGCACGACCUCUCACUUCUGUGACAGUGAAGAUUGUAUCUAUGGUUGCGACAAUGAAUCGUCAUCUACGUCAACGACAGCAAAACCUACAUCCACAUCGAGCACCACCACAUCAACUAAGACUAGCACAACCAGCACGAGUACGACCAGUAUAACCAAGACAAGUACGAGCACCACGAAAACAAGCACCACAUCCAAAGAGUCAACCACCAGCACAACCUCUACAAAAGAAAAAGAGACCACAACAACUACAACUACAGCUACAGGCCCUACUGGUACCUGGGAAGUCACGAUCUAUGAAGACUCAGGUUGCUCUGCUGGCGAUGGAGGCUAUUUUGUAGCGGGAGGAUUCAACUACGACUAUAACAAUCAAUGCAUCCGUCUCAGCGGAGGAGAUCUGACCACUUCUAGUGCUGGUCCAGGACCUUAUUGCCAGUGGUAUGAAGAUGGUGGAAUGAUGGGGCCUCUGAGCUGCUCAGAGUCUACCUUGACUGAGGCAAAGUCCUGGAUUAUUCAAUCUGGAAACUGCAACACCUAUACUGACGAUGCCUGUUCCGAUUACAGUGGCGAGAUUGUUAAUCCGCAGGCGGGCUGCCAGGUCGAUAAGGAGAGUGAUUGGUCUCCUACUUCAAAUACUAUUGGCUCUUUGUUAUGUGCGUACCUCUAA